AGCAUAGAAGAGGAGAACAGGGAGGAAGGGCGCCCCAAGACUAGGCGGUGUUAAUCAUUGCGCUCUCUCUCUCUCUCUCUCUCUCUCUCUCUCUCUCUCUCUCUCUCUCUCUCUCUCUCUCUUCGCUCACAUAGCGUGUGGGACGUUUCAGUGAGUUCCUCCAUCCGCGGCAGCUGCGCUUCCCUUCUCUUAAACACACACAUACACACACUCUCUCUCACACACACUCACACGCACACUCACUGCCUGUGAAAGCAAGGACGUCCUUUCUUUCCUUUACCCGGAAGUCGGAGAUGCUAGGGACUUGCAGUUGAGAAUCCUGCACUGAUAGUACAUCUGAACUUCACUUGGAGGAGGAUCGUCGUGUAUCGGAGAGAUCUGAAUUCACCGGACAGAGCUGGUGAAAAGGGACAACACAAGAAGCUUGAAGUAAAUGUAACAUCUGACUGAGAAGGAAAUAGGAAUCAAAAGCCAUCAAGAUGAAUUUUGUAAUGAAGCAAGCGUUGGGAGGGGCGACCAAAGACAUGGGCAAAAUGCUAGGAGAAAAGGAAGAGAAAGACCCUGAUGCCGAGAAGAAGGAAGAGGAAAGACAAGAGGCUCUCCGACAGCAAGAGGAAGAGAGAAAGGCUAAAUAUGCAAAAAUGGAGGCAGAGAGAGAAUCACUUCGACAGGGUAUCAGGGAUAAGUAUGGUAUUAAGAAGAAGGAGGAGAAGGAGGCUGAGGCUCAGGCUGCCAUGGAGCAGGCGUCUGAAGGCAGUCUCACUCGCCCAAAGAAAGCAGUGCCCACCGGCUGCGGCGACGACGAGGACGAAGAAGAAAGUAUUGUUGACACAGUCAUGAAGUUCCUCCCAGGUCCUCUUGUAGACAUGUUCAAUAAGAAGUAACACAGUCAUAAAAGUGUUGUAUUAAACCUGUCAUUAACGCCAUAACAUCCACCCCCACAACCCCUUACUCCCUUAAUCACUCAUUAGUUCCAAACUCAUUGGACUCGAUGAACAUGCCAUCAUUGAAGUCUUUAAUUUGGAGUGUUAGAUCCAGAAAUAAUGCUAGAAUUGUGCACUAAAAUUGCAAAUACAGUAUAUGUUCCUUUUCAAAUUAAAGACACAUUUAAUGGCAGAGUCCAGAUGAUGGAAUGACAAUGUUAAUUACCCAAGCACCACACAUUUUGUUUGUAAAUAGCUUAUAAAAAAGACUAUAUAUGAAUACCAGAAUAUAUCAAUAUAUAUACACAAUUACUAAGAGUAAAAGCCAUAAUUCUAACUUGGAGAAAGUCCUCCAAACCAUAUCGUAUUUUUGAUUAAAGUUUGCUGUUCUGUUAAAGAUAUUAUUGUUAAAUUCAUGUAGUAGAAGAGUAUAAUUGUAUGUAAAGCACCAUGAUACCAUUUAUCAUAACGUAAUUAUUUUAAAUUGUAGUAAAUGACUGGAAGUCCUGGGAAAUGGAAAUAAGUAAGGGGGAGGAAUCAUUGUUUUUAUUAUUUUUUUUAAGCAUGAAGAUUUUGUGAAUGCACUGUAUACCACUUCAUUUGACUUUUUAGAAGAAAUACAUUGAUAUUUAAGGCAAUAACUCUGGUUUUUUGAUUUUGUUGACUCAUACAUACUAGCGUACAUACGUAUGAAGCUCUUCCUUUAGAAACGAAAGUACAUUUCUUGUGUGUUAACUCAUUGUACCACCACUCUCUAAAAGUGUGUUGAUGUGGAUUCAGGCAUGUUAAUGUAGUCACAAUUAGUGAAAGCAUAGAGCUAGGUGCUAUAUUAAAUCAAAAUAGCUUAGCUUAGCUUCUACUGUAAAAUGAAGGGCGACAUUGUGUACUACUACAAUUGGACCAAUAGGGCUCAAGAUAUAUAUAUAUAUAUAUAUAUAUAUAUAUAUAUAUAUAUAUAUAUAUAUAUAUAUAUAUAUAUAUAAUCUUCAUUGUCAUCUCUGUACAAUAAUGAAUAUAGUAAUUCAGUGUUUACAUAAUUGUUUCUACCCACAACUCAGUUGUGCGUACACUUUAAGUGAGCAGACAGUGACGACAGUGCAAUAUUUGUUUUUUGAAUGAAGAUGUCUUGUGUCCGUUGGUUAAUUACGGGAACCUUGUCCCAGAUCAGCAAUAACAGACAAUCUUCAUCAUUGUGUAUUUCAAGCUUAAUAAUUAAUUCAAGAAUGUUAGUGUACAGAUGCUGUGUUGUCUUACUAGUUUCAGUCAAACUAAAGACUUGAGACGUGUCUAGCGAAAAAAGUGUCUUGCAGAAGAAAGUAGAGAGCGGAGAAUUUCUUUUUUCUUUUUUUUGUCAGUGUGAGUUUCAGCGUGGGCUUAAAGCUGGGUUUGGUUUUCUGAGCCGUGAGUUUCAAUGAUGCCUCGGCCUGUGUUUUUAAGAUUCUUUGCUCCUUUAUUUAAUUAAGUGUUGUCAGUCAGUCUGUGUUGUUGUGGUGAUGUGUUUGUAUUAAUGAAUUAGGUGGAAACGAGUUGGUCUACGUUCUUUGUUGAUGAGAGAUCAGAUAUCAAGGACUGCCGAUAUGGAUAGACAUUUUGUGUUGCUUUCUUUGAAUAUUAAAAGAAAAACAGUUUAGCGGCUUUGUAUGAUAUAUGGAAUCAUGCUUACAUUUCAAAUGAUACAGAUGAGAUUUGUCUUACAAUGAAUCACAAAUAUUUACUAUUAUAUAUUCAGGUGAAAUCAUCAGUCGCACACGGUUCAAAUUUUGUCGAACGAAAAUGUGUAGUGCGUGACAUUUCGAGAAAUGUAGUUAGCUAUCAGCUGCCACUGGAGUGCUUCAAACAUUCCAAAUAUUCCAAACAUUCCAUCUGGCCUUGGUUGAUUUCCCAGAUUGUUUUAUUUAUUUAUUUCUCAGCAGUUUGAAGCAUAGAUGCAUUUAGAUUAGACAUUAUAAUCCAAACUAAAUGCAUCUAAUACUGUGCUGUGGUUCCAAUAUUAGAAAUCACAUAGUAGUGAAGCCUACAUCGUAAUCUCUACAGCUAUGUGUCCUGCCAUGUACUACUGAGAGCAACAAAUAUAUAGGAUUUACUGUGCUAAUCAUCUGGAGUCCAUUUAAACAAACUAGUGGCUAGUUAUGCUGUUGUUUGAAAUAAUGGCAGUAGAAAAAAAAAAUCCUCCAUUAAACAAGGAAUUAGUGCAACAUAAUAGACUGAGGACUAGUGCACAACACUUAUAUGUUAUAUUAAUAUGUAUAUAAACUGCCUUCAGCUUCAGUCCGUGUUGUUGACCACAUGUUGUGUCCUGUGAAAUAAUUAUUAACAUAAAGUGGGAACACUGCCCAAAAAGCUCCAUCCAGCACUGCCCAUUCACACUGUUCAUCUCCUCCACAACUAUGUUUUCUUAAACCAAAGAGUGGACUUGUUUGUGACAGAAAGUUUUAAUAUGGAAGUAUUUCUUUUCAAGUCCUUUUUCCAUUACCACAUUAUCAUGGAUUAUACUUUUACAUUGAGUCCUUGUGUUAUUUCAUGUCUAAAGUUUGUAUAUUGUGUUUGUCAACAUACUUAUGCAGAGAGUUAUGAAGCUACUGUCCAGAAAAUAAUUUUUUUUGCUUUCGCAUUCAAACAGUAUGAUUCUGAUUACACCGUUCUCAUAUCCCUCUCCAAUAAUCUGUGACCCUAAUGGCAUAGUUUCCAAACCAACAGAUAUUUGCUGCUCAAGGCACACACACACACACACAAACACACACACACACACACACACACACACACACACACACACACACACACACACACACACACACACACACACACACAC